CCUCAUACACGCUACAAAGACAUCAAGGGAUGUGGAUAGCAAAAGCCCAUCUAGAAAAAGAUCUGUGCGCACUAGUUGCUGUGCAUCACGUUGGAAAGGCUGUCUUUAUAAUAUGAACAUAUCUCCCAGAGUCUACGCCUAAUUGGGAUACCUUACUAUUGGAUUUUACUUUGCCUUUGAUAAGCCUACCGUCAAAGAGACAAACAUGUAAACAGAACAAAACAUCUUAAUAAACUUUGCAAUAAUGGGAAAUUAUAAACAAAGGAACAAGGAACAGAUGAGGAGCCAACCAGUCACUUCACCGAUGUCUGGUACUGGAUAAUAAGCAGUGUUUUUAGGCUCCAGGUGAAACACACUAUGCAAACAGAGCGACGGAGCAUCGUAUAGUUCCAACAUUUUCGUUUCACAAAAGUACAUAGAACUACGUAGAAAACGGAGCUUGUGUAAGGUGGCGAGUUUACGCAUGAAUGAUGGAGGACCUUCUGCGAGACCAAGACUUGUGGGCAAUUAUAAAUGAUUCAUGGACCAACUCGAGUCGCGGUGGAAACGAGACCAGUACUGGGAACCAGUCCAUCGUGAACCCCUUGAAGCGGAACGAGGAGGUGGCCAAAGUGGAGGUGACCGUUCUUGUCCUAGUUCUGCUGCUCGCGUUGGUCGGUAACAUUUGCGUCCUUUUGGCUAUCCAUACGAGCAAGCACAGCCACUCUCGGAUGUAUUACUUCAUGAAACACCUCAGUAUUGCGGACCUGGUGGUGGCAAUCUUUCAGGUCCUCCCGCAGCUUAUAUGGGACAUUACAUUCCGCUUCUACGGGCCGGACUUACUGUGCAGGCUGGUGAAGUACCUACAGGUUGUCGGGAUGUUCGGGUCGACCUACAUGCUUGUUCUAAUGUCCAUAGACAGAUGCUUGGCGAUAUGUCAGCCGCUUCGCUCUCUGCACAAGAGGAAGGACCGUUUUUAUGUGAUUGCCUCUUGGAUGCUUAGUCUGAUUUUCAGUACCCCUCAAGUGUAUAUAUUUUCGUUGAGGGAGGUGGGCAACGGAGUUUAUGACUGUUGGGGAGACUUCGUGCAACCCUGGGGCGCCAAGGCGUACAUUACAUGGAUUAGUCUUACAAUCUACAUAAUUCCAGUGGCUAUCCUAAGUCUUUGCUAUGGCCUGAUAAGUUUUAAAAUAUGGCAAAACUUUAAAAUGAAAACCAGACGGGAUCAGUGUAUGUCUCUGACGCCGCGGGAGUACAAAGGCGCAGCGCUCUCUCGAGUGAGCAGUGUGAAGCUCAUAUCAAAAGCGAAGAUCCGAACUGUCAAAAUGACUUUUGUCAUAGUCCUAGCUUAUAUUGUUUGCUGGACUCCUUUUUUCUUCGUACAAAUGUGGUCGGCAUGGGAUCCUGCUGCACCCAGAGAAGAUGUGGCGUUUAUCAUUGCCAUGUUACUGGCCAGCCUGAACAGCUGCUGUAACCCGUGGAUCUAUAUGUUCUUCGCUGGCCACCUGUUUCACGACCUGAUGAGGUGCUUUGUCUGCUGCUCCUCACAGUACCUGAAGGCCUCACGGUGCGGAGGAUUUGACCAGCAGCAGAGCCGCAGGAGCAUUUCCACCUACGUCGUCAAGGACCAUAGCAGUCAGAGGAGCGUCACUCAGACCUCCAGCACAUGAGGAGUGAGGACCAUGGAGGAGAUGAGUUGGGGUGGGACAGGUUCUCCCUACCCCCGAAAGCCAUUCAGAGGAGCAUCACACAGCCCUUCAGUUCAUAAGGACCAUGGGAACACCAGAAGAGGCCUGGUGUGAGGUACUCUCUAACCUUCAAUGACCUUCUCCAUCGCACAGACUCUAGAGGAGUACCAUGAGAGGAGAGGGGGUUGGUCGGAGACCCUCUACCCCCUAAUGGACUUAAGCCCUAUUCGCACUGGACUAGUAUUACUAUAGAAUGUCAGUUAUGUAAUUAUUACCCUAGAAUGUCUGUUUUUCCAGUGGACAAUUCAGACAGGAUUAGUUUUACCAUCUGCCCCCUGUAUUUUUUUUCUCAUUCAUAUGAUGGAAGCCUGGAGGCUGUUCUAGGAAUGAAGAUAUUUCAACUCGUCUAGGGAUAGGUCUCUUCAGUGUAUCUGGCUACCCUCAGUUCGAAAGUCAAAAUAAUAUCAAUAAGAACCAUGAACUGUGUACAAAUAUCUAAUUAACUAACAUAUUUGACAAUUUAUUAUUGAAUGGGCACAAUAUCACAAUAUCAUCUGGGCAUAGGGAAAGUUGAUUUAUGACAAAACAGGUAAUUCAUUUGUAGGCUACGUGCAUAGCACUUUGUUUAAAGCAUCAAUUUGUUCCCAUGUUCUUCCCAAACUGUGUGCAGCACCUAUUAAACUCUGCAAUAUCCCUCAAAACACAGGGAUGUCGAUUCACACAGGAUAAGUAGAUUUUGGGGGUUGGAAUAAUAACCUCCCCACCAAGUAAAAAUGACUGGCAUGGCAGAUUCGGAUGGGACUAAAUUUAUGUUGUUUUGUACUCGUGCAUUUAAUUACAUUACCCUAUCUCCCCCAGUGAAACAAAUCCUGUCUGAAUAGGGCUUUAGACCUUCACCACACAGACCUUCACCACACAGACCUUCACCACACAUACCUUCACCAUCAUCCAGGGAAGUGGAGUUUGUCUGGGCCAGGUACCAGCCAGAGGAGCAUCACACAGACCUCCAGCACAUGAUGACCAUGGAGAGAGGUUGAGUUGGGUAUUCUCUAAACCUAAUAGACCUUCUUCAUGUAAGGUUGGAGGUGGGACAGGUACUCUCUAAUCAAGACAUUCAUCCAAGGCCGCAGAGUUGGGUUGGACAGGUACCCUGUAAGCCAAAAAGAGACCUUCUGUGUGCAAAGAUCUGCAGUGGGGUUGGCCAGGUACUCUCUACUCCUGACACAAACCUUCAUCGUGUAAAGAACAGGAGUGGGUGGGCAGAUACCCUGUAAGAAACCUUGAAAGAGACCCUCAAUAUUUGCGGGACAGGACUGGGGUGGCCAGAUAUCCUGAAAGAGACCUUAAGAGAGACCCUCAACAUUUAAGGGACAGGACUAGGGUGGCCAGAUACCCUGAAAGAGACCUUAAGAGAGACCCUCAACAUUUAAGGGACAGGACUAGGGUGGCCAGAUACCCUGAAAUAAACAUGAAAAAAGACUCUAAACAUUUAAGGGACAGGACUGGGGUGGCCAGAUAUCUUAAGAGACUUACAUCAUGCAAAGCCCCACAGAAGGUUGUCCAGGAUGUACCCUCUACCCCUCACAUAGGUUACCAUGUAACACCUAAAGGAGGAAUCCAUUACGUAACUCUCCACUCCACACAGAAUACUCAAGUCCUGGAGGUGGGUUAUCUUAACAUGGUCAUUUUGGGGGUGAACUUGUGUCUCUAUCUCCAUGGCACACCCUUUCACGACCAUCCACUAGUGAUUUCACUAUAUCCAUCGUGUCCCUCUAGAAUAGAUUAUCACCCCCCCCACACACACACACACACACUUAAUUAAGCUCCUACUGUAGUUACACUCUCCUGCACUUUACCCGAAAUCCCUCUAAAAUGUAAAUUGUAUGUGGAAUAUAUUUAUUUUGCCCUGAGGUUCUGUCAAGUUAUGGUAUACCUUUGUAGCACAGAUAUACAUUUCUGGUUUUAUUUCAGUUCUACACAAUAUACAGCUGUGGAUCAGGUUGUCAGUCAGUGUGUACCAUAACUCAAAUGAUUUAUUCUUUACCUGUAUGUCUUUUUUCAGGAAAAGACAUACAGGUGCAACCUUUUCCCCUCCUGCCGCUUCCCCAGCAAAAAGGUUGUAUUGGACUCUUAUUAUGUUUUCUAACACUUGAUAUACAAUUUGUUUCUACACACAGCUCUGUGACUCUGAAUAUUUCUCAGGACUAGGUAGAGAGCAGAGCUUUUUAGCAGAGCUUGUUCACAACAAGCUGACCUUUCAGUCACCACAAUAACAAAAUGGGAAAUAGAAAUAGAAUGAAGUUUCACAAACCUAUUAUCUUGGUGACCUUACUGCUCAGUCAAGGAUAUUGCAUUGUUAUUGAUCUCUACACAGAGAGAUGUUAGAUUAUAUUGCCUAUAUCUUCAGACCAUGGAGGGGAUAUUAAAGACUUUAUUGUUUAUUGAAUGUAUUGUUAUUUUUCUAAGGCUGUGUCCCAAAUGGCACCCUAUUCCCUACAGUGCACUACAUUUGACCAGGGCCUAUAGGGUUCCGGUCAAAAGUAGUGAACUAUAUAAGAAAUAAGGUGCCAUAAAAUGUAUUCGAUAGACAAAUAACAAUAACGGAUCUUUGAUAUCCCCAAAGCUAUAGGCAUACUGUAGCUUUGUAAAAUUAGAAAAUGUGGACUAAAUUUUAAAUGUGCUCCAACACUAUUGGCUGUGUCUUCUUUGUCGUUAUGUGGGUGAUUAGAUCAACGCAGAUGUUAAUUUGUGUAUAUAUGUAUCCUCUCAUUCACAUUCACCUUUCCGAUUUAUACCUAACUGUGUUCACAAUAUAUUCAGAAAGUAAAGAUUCUCCCUUUGUAUCAACAAUUUCUUUGAAUGUAAGUAUAUUAAAUGUAUCACUAAUGUAUGAUAAAAAAUAAAGAAUUUGUGUCUCCAAAAUGUUCAGUUAUGUAUAGAUAGAGGAGCUUGGUCCAUCCAUACUAAAUCAUUUAAGCAGUCAGAUUGAUGUCAGUAUAAUUAUGAAAGGUGUCACAUUUGUGAAGGUCUUGGAUUACUCAAGUCCUGUCAAUGUCUAUGAUUCAGAUCAAGUCACUCCCUGUGAGGGAGCUGAGAACAGCAAGCAGAGGAUGGACAACUUGCCCUGUAGUUCCUCCUAGUGG